AUGAACCACCAAGCUCCUCCUUUCGAUCCUAAAAUCGCUUUCCCUAAACUUAUAAUCAAACCCCGGAAACAAUAUAAAAAAAAAAACGUGUAUCGUGCUGGACAAUCCCAAGUACAUGCUGCUUCUAAUUAUUCCUCCUCCUCGUCCUCCCAGAGUCAAAUAAGAAUUGAGAAAUCAGAAUUACAGAUAGUAAGGAGAGAUCUGAGUACUCUUCUAACCAGUUUAAAAGAACGGAAAAGUAAAUUAGAGCAACUAGCGGAUAGGCUUGAGAUCUGGUCUGCCCCAGGUGGUGGUGCGGGUAUAUCAAAUAAUGUGGUCGGUUCAAUAACUCACGGAGGAGAUUCCAAUUCAAAAAAGGCCAGGAGUCCCACGAUCGUACGGAGUCCUAGCAUUCACCGAUUGGAAAGUCCAAAUGUCCGGUUAGGAAGUCCCAGUGUUCACAAAAAUACAUCAAAAGAGAAGGGCUCCAAGAAGAAAGGGUCGAUAAGCAUUAAAAUAAAACGGGAGGAUUCGGAUCAGGAAGAACACUUCAGCUCGACUCCUCAACGAAGAGAUUCAGUAAAGUCCAACAAUGGUCCUCGCAGAAAGAAGAAGGCUUCCGCGAAGAGGGAAAGGGAUUCCGAUGACGAUAGCGAAUACUCCGAUAAUGAUAAACCACAUACCAAAGACUCGAGAAAUUCAACACACCGAAUGGCUCAGAACUCGGCAAGGGGUGCAUACAAAAAAAGAAUGAGAAGUACUUCAGAAACCGUUCCUAAGGCUGAGGAGGAUACACCUAUCAUAAAAUCAAAAGAUCAAGUGACGAUCAAAACUUUUUAUGAAUACGUUGAACCAUAUGUCAGGGAUUAUACAGAAGACGAUGUUAAUUUCUUGAAAGAAAAGGAGGAUGACUUAUCAUUGUAUAUUAUUCCAAAACUGGGGAGAAACUACGCCGAGGUUUGGGCCGAAGAAGAACGCAACCUUUUUCCACAGACUCCUGAAGAACUUGAGGCCAGACACGUUGACACAGUAGAUGGACAGCGUAGGAUACAGGAAUUAGAUAUCGAUGGAUCUUGCGGACCUUUGACCGAGAG